CUUAAUAGUAUGGAAUUUAAACAUCUUUGUGAUAAUGGACAUCAGGCAAAUGAUUGGCAAAACGCUUCAGCCUGCAAGACCACUUCACCAUCCAUCUUCCUCCCAAGAAUCAACAUUCAAUUUUAACUUUCAAAAUGAAUACCCACCUAGCACUCAAGUUUUACAAAGUGGAGUUAACAUGCAGUGUAAGACUAAUUGGGUGCAAACCUUCCCUCCGGAUCUUAACAACCCACAACCGAAUCAAACUCCAGUGAAAAAAGAAAGAAUUAAAUACAGUAGAGAUUUCCUGCUGAAGUUCGCAAAUACUUCUAUCUGUCAAAAGAAACCUGACUUCCUUCCUGAUCAUCCUGUUAUACUUCCAAACCCAGAAAACAGUCAAAAUAUUUAAGUAGCAUUGAUGAAAAUGCAAGCUUUGAAGAUGAAGAAUCGUUCCGUUUCCAUUUCGGAAAACCACAAAUGAAGUGAAUGUUGAAACAAUAACUGCAACGGACUGAAAAAAUCUCAUUGGUUUCAAUUUAAUGACUUACUAUUUGACAUUCUCCUCAAAUGAGUAAGAAAUAUUUUCAACUCUAAAGACCUUGUUUAUCGUCAUCUUCGAUUUUUGCUGCCUUGACACCUGCAUAAUUUGGAGAAUAAAAUUAAAAAAAAUA